AUGGAAAGUGAUGAACAACUAAAAAAGGAAAUUGAAGAGCUCAAACAAUUAAAUCAUAGAGUUGACGAAUAUUUAAUGAAAGUUUCUGAAUUUAUUGAUAACAAUAUUUUAGAUUUUCCCAAUGAAAUAGUUAAGUUGAGAAAGAGUAUUUAUGAACCUACUCUUGAAGAAGAAGAUGAUGAGGAUGGUGACGAUUCAGAUGAAAUGAAAAUGGAAACAGAAUGA